AUGGUCCAAAGCCUCGCGAAGUUGAACGGGUGCCUAGCGGUCGUGGCCGAGCCUUACAACGUCCCCGAUCACCUGUCGUGGUCGGGGUCGGAGGACGGCUCGGUCGCGGCGUACUUUUGGUGGAGCAACAACCCUGAAUCCUCUGUCUUCUCCCCGCUGGGGAAAGGCAGAAGACAUGUGACGGUGAAAUGGAGGGAACUGGUGGUUAUCGGAGGAUAUUUCUCACCCACAAGGCCCUUUCAAGAAUUCGAGGCAUAUCUGGGCGAGCUUGAACUCGCGAUCCGUCGAUACGGAGCUCGCCCGGUACUCGUCCUGAAGGAUUUUAACUCCAAAUCAACGAUUUGGGGCAAUCCCAGGACAGACGUCAGAGGAAGGGCCCUAGAAGAACUCGCGGCGGCGUGCAACCUCGUUGUUCUCAAAGAGGGCACGAGACACACGUGCGUUAGGCGAGACGGGGGGUCCAUUGUAGAUGUAACCCUUGCGUCCCCGUCCGCCGUGCGCCGUGUGAACAAGUCAGGGAGAACAUGGAAACCUUAUCCGACCAUCGAUACAUCAUCAUGA